AUGGCAGGGACUGAGAGAGGCAAGUUGGACAGCAAUCCUGGUCAGGUCGUCGUAUUGAGCGGCGGAUCUGAAGGGUACCCUGCGGCUGUGCUUCGGCUGGUUGACACCACCAUUCUCAACAUCUUCAGAUAUUGCUUAUCUUACCAUUUUGACUAUGUCUCAGAAGAGGUCAUUAAGGCCAUUGGCGGUGCUUUUAAAGAGACAAAUAAGGAGGUUGCUAAGCACAGUGGUGCGGACACCAGUACUCUGUAA